CUUGCGGACUGAAGCAGCAGUAACAACAGAAGCUCCUCCCUUUCAGCACAUCUGAAACAGUGGAAAAGUGGAGAGGCACAUACCAACACCUCUGUCUGACGCUAUUUGUAUCACCGGGAUAAAAUCAUUAAAUUUGGGUUACUAAGAGAAGCGGCUUUUCUCCAGCAGACUAAAAGAGCAACUCAUCCACUUCGCUCUGCACCGCCGGUUUCCUGAACACGCCCUGCUGCUGCAUUUCUCUGAUCAGGUAGACAAACUUCAACCUGUCCAUCCUCACUGACUCACACUUCAACACCUACCAGCUGCAGGAUGCCAUUGGGAGGAGGAAACAAGUGUGGCCGCUGCCAUAAGACCGUUUACUUUGCAGAAGAAGUACUUUGUGAUGGGCAGAGCUUCCACAAGUCCUGCUUCCUGUGCAUGGUGUGUAGGAAGAGCUUGGACAGCACAACUGUAGCUGUUCAUGGCGAUGAAGUCUACUGCAAGUCAUGUUACGGCAAGAAGUACGGGCCAAAAGGCUACGGUUAUGGCCAGGGAGCAGGGACGCUCAGCAUGGACAAGGGAGAGAAUUUGGGCAUUUCACAUGAAGAGCCUGCUCCUCAUCAUCCUACCAGCAACCCGAACCCCUCCAGGCUUGCACAGAGGUUCGGAGGGUCGGACAAGUGCCCUCGCUGUGGCAAGUCUGUCUACGCUGCUGAGAAAGUGAUGGGAGCUGGGAGUGCAUGGCAUAAGAUUGGAUGUUUCACCUGUGCAUCAUGUAACAAGAGCCUGGAGUCAACCACACUAGCUGAUAAGGAUGGAGAAAUCUACUGCAAAGCAUGUUACGGCAAAAACUUUGGCCCCAAAGGAUUCGGGUACGGAAUUGGAGCCGGGGCGCUGUCGUACACUCAGUAGAGACCAAGCAGAACUUCAUGGACAGGUUCACAGAAAGCCGCAGUACUGUCUUCUUCCUGCAGGGGGCAGAGUGCUGCCAGUGAAGCAGUUAACAUGCACCUGACAGACACAUGCUUGAUAGAAAGCUGCAUUCUUAUAUUGUACAGUGGGGAAAAAUUAACGCCAUCCCUGUCUUAUAUAGGCCAGAGAUGAUUUCUAGUGUUGUUACAGUACACACUGAUACAUAACUCAUACGAAAUAUUGAAACAUUCUGCACAUUAUUUGCACUAUCUGCUUUAACUCUAUUAAAAAAUGAAAUCUUAGUAUCAGGUUAAGAACAGUCUAUGUAAUAGAGUAACGUUAAAUCCUGCUUUUUGUAUGUUAUAUGAUUUCCAAACCGCAUGAUAAUAAAUAAAGUUG